AGCACACCUGUAGAAAGCGUGCUCGCAGUGCUGGAGGACUUCCUGUGUGAGCUGACCUUUGAGGAUGAGGAGCACAAGGUCCAGCUGGAGGACAGUGUGUCCCUGUCUCUACUCUCACAGGACAGAGACCCCUCAUCGGGCAUCGCGAGCCUCACCUUCAGCAUCGCCUUUGCCCCCAACAGACCGAUCAGGUGUACAGCUGCACUGGCUGUGCGCUGCGUCACUGGGGGUCUCUGGAAAUUUCCGAUCAUGCUCGUUGCCACAGACCCGCAGGUGGAUGAUGUCAUCAGCAUCGAGGCGGCAGCGCUGCACAGGACUGCAGGUGUUUGUUUCCGACUCAGCAGCCAGUCCAGGCACCCAGAACCCUUCACAGCCACAUUCCUGCCUGGAGGCGGGCGCGAGUUCCAGGUCUUUCCCAGCUCAGGCACCCUGGUUCCUCUGGACACAGCAGGGACGCUCUUCACGGUCACCUUCACCCCCUGCAUGUACAACCGCAGGCGCCGGGCUGUGCUGCUUGUCCAGACAGUGGUCAUGCAGUGGACAUACCAGGUGGAAGGGAUUCCGCCACCCUCACCCCACCAGAGGACGCAUGUGAAGCUGCAGCAGGAUGGUGCCCUUCGCAGGCGACUGAAAAACAAAGUGUGACCCCCCCAUGGGUUACUGCACCCCCCAGGGUCAAAUACUGAACCCCACAGGUUGUCAAUAAAGGUGCCGAAGUUCUGGUAUAUGGACCACAGUGUUGUUCCUGUUGCUGCAGGUGUGCAUUUUUCUUCAGUUCCCAUUUUGCAGGAGACAUGGGAAUAAGUACUGCAGGGGGCAGCAGUGGGUCCCCCUGGACCAGUAGCGCUUGGGUUCCAACACCACCGACACACUGUGGUUCCUCACCUGUGUAGUCCAGGGCUGUAACUGCACUGUGAUGGUGAAUGGAGGCUGGGCUCGGUCCUGUCACCCACCCUUGGGCUGAAGCGCCUCCAGGUCAGUGGUGAACACGGGUUCGUCCCUGGGAAGCAGUGAACGGUCCAGUCCUGCAGGGACGUGGUCAGAACACGGUCAGUAAGUGCAGCUGUAAAACAAUGAACACUUGUUGACUCGCACAUUUAUUAAUUCAACCGACCCUCUUCUCUAAAGCGACGAACAUCUCCAAGAACAGCACAACCGCUCCUCAGGGACAGACACGGACACGCGCUGCUCCGGGUACCGUCAGCAGGUCCAAGAGGAGAAUCGAAAGGGUGUAAAAGACACUUGAUUGACCAUUGUUUCUGCCAACUGGAGGAGAACGAGGAUUCAAACUCGGAGCGAACAGUAAAACUGACUGUCUAGGGCAGGGGUGUCAAACUCAAUUUCAUCCCGGGCCACAUCAACAAUAUGAUUGCUCUCAAAGGGCUGGUUGUAACUGUAAGACGACUAUAUGAAUGUAUCUACUCUUAUUACAUUACAUAAUUACCUGUGCAUGCGAUUACUACUGGUUUUGGUAAAAAAGCAAUUAAUACCUAGCUUUGAAAGUAGAAGCCCAGGACAAAU